AUGGCUUCCAGUCAGUCUACCCCUCCCAAGGAAUGCGCCGCGUGUUCAAAAGACGCAAGUGACCAACUCCUCACGUGUCCCAGGUGCCAGAACGAGAGCAUCUCAUACUGCUCUCAAGAGUGUCAAGAAGCCGACUCCCAGCACAGUUGGGACUGCCGCCUUCCCGUUGUGCAAGGCAUUCAGAUCCUCUGUGAUGGCGAGCGCCAUGACCCGCCGUUCAAUCCCGUCGAGAUCACCCCUACACACCAGAUAUAUGAAUACGGAGACGUCUGCCCUGUCUCGGAAGUCAUCGAUCUGCCCAUCGUCAUGUUUCGGCACUCAACAGAGCAUCCGCUCAACAUGUAACCCACGCCGCGGCUCGACAACCAGAUCGCAACCUACUCGAUGAUCGAAGUCGACUCUGGCUUUGCGCCGAUGAUCUGGCAGCAGUGUGUGGGCACUGUGACAGUCAUGCGUAAGGACUGCCAGCCGCUCACCCCCGAAAUGAUUGAGAAGAUCGGGAUGUAUCAUGAUGACCUGCUCGACAAUUUCAGCGACCACGACUUCAAUCCUCGAAGGGAUAUCACGUCAGCUGGAUUCCGCGGGUUCUGUGAAGACUACGAGCAGAGAAUGGCUGGCACAGACUCGAAAGAAGAAGAUUGGUAGUGUGGUAUGGCGAGCAAUCUUGUUCAUAUCAUCUGACCGACCCAAGCUUGGUGAAGGAUUGUGCAAGACACUGGGUUAAAGGAAGCAGAUAUUGUAUCUAUCGAUCGACUUGUCUGUCCUGACAAUAUUAUCUCUUGUCAUUCC